AUGCGCUGGGCAAGCUCACUCGCGCUCGCGACGCUGCCGCCGCCGCCGCCCUCCUCCUCGCCUAGCAGUGCGCUUUUGGCUGCCCGCAAUGCUGCUCGUCGCUUGGUUGGCUCGCGCCUAGCUCUCUCUGCCCGCGCCGCCGCCGCCCUCCUCCGCGCGCAGCAGCAGCAGCAGCAGCUGCAGGAAGACUUCGGUCCUCUCUUUGGCGGCGACGACGACGACUACGACCCGCUGCCGCCGCUGCACGGCAGCAACAACAACAACAUCAAGGCUACGUCGGAGGAACCCGGCAGCUUUAAGGCUGGGGGUGCUAGUUUGCCGAAAGGCCUAGCUCCUAACUUAAAGCGUAAGUCCGAAGAGCUCGAAGAGCUGGAGGAGAAGAAGGCGAAGCUGCGCCGUGGCGCGGACAAGAAGAAGCUAGUCGAGCAACCGCAUAACGGCGACUUUGCUGUCGCUGAUUGGCGUUGGUCGACUCUUUCCCCUGCCGACCAGAUACGCCUCUCCCACGCUGGCCGCGUGGACAGGAUUGGUGUGGCCCGUCCUGUUGCCUGUGGCCGCUGCGUCCGUGAGAAGUUCGCCUGUAAGGUCUACGCAGAUCCUGGUGUUUAG